CGGGUGCAGAGAGCCCAAAGGAGGAAGUUGUAAAACCCUUCCAACCUCGAAUUUUCGAAAGUUCAGGGUCCCGUUUUCGUCCAAACUAGAUUUCUUUUCAAAAUAGCGUGGUUUAAAUGUUUGAUGGCCUGUAGGAACAGAUCCAAGGUUCCCCUUUCUCUGAUGAUAUGCACUCAGAGGGCCCCCAAGGCAAACCCCAGCGUUCACUUUCAAUCAAUACAACACAACUCGGCGAUCGCCACUCCGCUGGCAAUACCAGCAGGCCCAUCUCACAGUAGGAUCUUGCAGUUGGAUCUUGACAGAUCUCGCAUGGGUCGUAGGACGAUCCGAAAAGCAACUUGACGAUGCCAGCAAUCUUCAGAUUGGCGAGCGAUACCUCGUUGACAGCCACUCCCGUAGACACUUCGACAAAUGCACCAUCUAUUCUGGCAAUCAAUGGCUUUUUCUGUGCUUUUACUGUGAUUGUGGUUCUGGCGCGGAUAUAUGUUCGUGCAAUUAUGCUAAAAACAUUUGGAACGGAUGAUUAUUUAAUAACGGCGGCGACGAUAUGUGGGGUUGGAGUUUUAAUAUGCUUCAUCGGCGAAACACAACACGGGGUAGGAAUGCACACCGCUUCUAUCACUGCGGGUGAGUUUGUGAAGAUGCUACAUUGGCAAUUCUUUCACAGCUUGACCGUCACCCUGGGGAUCUCACUCAUCAAAAUUUCCGUGGCAUUCUUCCUGUUGCGUCUGGUACCCGGGAAAGCUUAUAAGUGGUUCUUACAUGGCAUGAUUAUCUUUUUGGUAGCGUUCACACUUUCUAGCGAAGGAACGAUCCUUUUCUCCUGUGUGCCCAUAAGGGCUUCGUGGGAUCGCGCCAGCGAACCAAACGCAAAAUGUUUUGACAUCCACCUUUUCACUGCAAUCGGGAUGUUCAAUUCAAUCAUCAACAUUAUCACUGACGUCCUCUUUGCAUCCCUUCCAAUCAGUGUGAUCUGGAACCUACAAGUCAAUCUCCGGACAAAGUUCUCAUUACUGGCAAUUCUUAGCUUAGGAUAUUUUGCCUGCGCUGCUUCCAUUGUGAAGACGGUCCUCCAAGCCCACGUCCUCUCAAAUCCAGACUCAACUCGUAGUGACAGCUAUUUUGUAUGGAACAGUAUCGAACUCUACAUCGGCAUCCUUGCCGCUUCGCUCCCCUCCCUCCGACCUCUUUUCCGCAGCAUCCUCGAAAAUACACGGAGUCUCGUCACCCGUCGGGCAGGCAUGAAUUCUUCUGGCCAGGUGGGAACGGCAAGACAUAAGUAUUAUGUCCAAGAAGAGGGGAUUGGAAUGCAUAGUCUGCCGACGGGAGACAAGAGUGGAAAUUAUGAUGUGAGAGUUACGACCAAGAGUCAGAUGGGAAGCGGAGCACAAAGUGAGGAGGAUUUUGGUGCCAGUAAAGUGGAUGGUGAUGGGGAUUCGUUGGAGAAUAUUUUGCCGUUGCAAGGGAGUAGGGGGAUUACGAAGACCGUGAAUGUUUCUGUCACUUGAGUGGAGGGGCUAUUUCUGUAUGAAGUCAUGGGUGGCUGCGCUUGCCAUUCUUGUUUGACAGCUGUGCGCGUUGUUAUAUGAUGCUGAUGAGCGCUUAAGAUACCAAUGAAUUCACGUUGUAUUUCCUAUAUGUUAUUAUUGGUUCCUCAAUCUGAAGUCAAAUGAUCCCGU